AUGCAAAAUUUACCACCUAAAGUAAACUAUUAUUCCAACAUCUACUCAGAUACUUUACUUUUAUUUCUCGAAAAGAUCGUUGCAAAUCUCUCAAGCACCGGCUAUAGAUAUUUUGAAUUCGCUGCUUUUGACUGGAUUCAUAGCCACUAUUACUUUUCAUACUACAACAAUUAUGUUCAAUACGUUGGAUAUUUUAACAUAGAUUCGUUUAGUACUCUCAAAUUUUUUCAAAUUAAUUGUCCCUCAACCAAUAUCAGUCUUCAUUAUCUCUACUAUGACAAUAGACAUCGAUGUUUGAUCGCUAUAACUAGCACCACGACAUCUACUCCAUCACUUGCAUCAUCAUUAGGUUCGCUAACCUCGUCGUCAGUAUCGGAACCAGUCGUUACUACCGCUGUCUAUGAUACAAAUAGUGAAGUUUUGUACAUAUCGGUCUGCUAUAGUGAUGGCAGUCCCUACCAUUUGUUCACAUACACAGUGAAAACUCACUAUCUGACCGAUGUUAAUAUGACUGACGCUUUGAUCGAUAUGCAAGUAUUGGAGUAG